GACAGUCUGUACAGAUCCAUUUCUUAUAUUCAUUGGUGAUGGAUGAUAGUUAUACAAAUACAUUCAGAGAUCCAGUGCAGAUAUCUAGAGCCAGCUGCUCAUUGUUUUAUUUUACCUUCGCCUGGCUUUUUUAUGAUGGGAUCUUUUUUAAUUCCUUAUCUUAUCAUUCCAGAUACUGGGGCAACUGUAGCUCCAACAGCAUAUUUAAAGACUAAGAAGAAGCAGCUAAAGCUUUGUGAGGCCAAGAAGAAGAAGCAGCACACACUCACAGAAAAAAUCAAUGACCUGACUAAGGAAAGAGACUCCCUCCGCCAACAAGUUCAAAAUGAUGGUGGGACAAUUGGCACAUCUUCCUCGGCCAACCCGUCUCCUGUUGCAUCUUCUUUCUCUUCAUCCUCCAGUCCAACCAACUCCACAUCAUCUUCGUCAUCCAGCUCCUCUUCAUCCAGCUCCUCUUUAUCCUCUUCAUCCAGCUCCUCUUUAUCCUCUUCAUCCAGCUCCUCAUCCUUAUCAACUGAUUCCUCAGAUUCAGAGAAGAAGUUGAAGAAAAGACGCAAGAAGAAAAAGACGCACCACCACCAGAGUCUCAAGACAAAGGACAAGAGAAAGAAAAAACAGAGGAAAAAAGGGCAACAUGGCAAGCAGAGAGAGGUCAUCAAGAGAUACAGAAAAGUCCUUAAGGCAUAUAAGAAAGGAAGAAAGUUGAAUGUGGCAUAUCGAAGGGUCGGUGUCGACAGAAACACCAUCGUCGCCAGUGCUCCCAUCUGUGAGCUGGCUGUUGUGGCACCAAAGAAAUACAAGGAGUUGCUGCUUGCUCAUACACCACAACAACGACUGCAGGACUUUGCCAGAAAAUGUCAGGAAGUGUUGAUUAAUGAUUCAAACCUUUUGAGGGAUGUUGAACAUCAACAGAAAAAGGGGAAACUGCUUCCUCUGUCUAAGAAAACUUAGUGUUGUUUUACUGUGUGAUGGUGCCCUAGAGCAGUUCAGUUGUGGCUCGGGUCGAGUUCAUUUAGUAUAGCGAGUCCAGGUUGUGGAUAUGUUCAUAUCAGUAAUGCCAAUGGCUUUAUUUUGAUUUACUUUUUUUCUCAUGUCCUGCACAAAAAGUGCCCAAACUCCAAGAGUUUGUAUACUGUUGUAUACU